CAACUCCAAACUAACAUGGCAGUCAGACUGUGUGAUGUGGCUUCUCUGCUUAGAAGUGGUUCGUGGGCAGCAGAGCCUUGGACUGGGCAGGUAAUUGCUGCCAUGGAAACACAACUGUCUAAUGGGCCAACUUGCAAUAACACAGCCAAUGGUCCAACCACCAUAAACAACAACUGCUCCUCACCGGUUGACUCUGGGAACACAGAGGACAGCAAGACCAACUUAAUAGUCAACUACCUUCCUCAGAACAUGACACAAGAGGAACUAAAGAGUCUCUUUGGGAGCAUCGGUGAGAUAGAGUCCUGUAAACUUGUAAGAGACAAAAUAACAGGGCAGAGCUUGGGAUAUGGCUUUGUGAACUACAUUGACCCUAAGGAUGCAGAGAAAGCUAUCAACACCCUGAAUGGAUUGAGACUUCAAACCAAAACAAUAAAAGUUUCCUAUGCUCGCCCAAGUUCAGCUUCUAUCAGAGAUGCGAAUUUGUAUGUCAGUGGACUUCCGAAAACAAUGACCCAGAAGGAGUUGGAGCAGCUUUUUUCACAAUAUGGACGCAUCAUUACUUCUCGUAUUCUUGUUGACCAGGUCACUGGCAUAUCAAGGGGUGUAGGUUUUAUUCGAUUUGACAAGCGAAUUGAGGCAGAAGAAGCUAUCAAAGGCCUAAAUGGCCAGAAACCGCCUGGUGCCACAGAGCCAAUCACUGUAAAGUUUGCUAAUAAUCCAAGCCAAAAAACCAAUCAGGCCAUCCUUUCCCAGCUGUACCAGUCUCCAAACAGAAGGUAUCCAGGACCACUAGCUCAGCAGGCACAGCGUUUUAGGUUGGACAAUCUGCUCAAUAUGGCUUAUGGAGUAAAGAGUAGGUUUUCUCCAAUGACCAUUGAUGGAAUGACCAGUUUGGCUGGAAUUAAUAUACCUGGGCACCCAGGAACAGGGUGGUGUAUUUUUGUGUACAACCUGGCUCCUGACGCAGAUGAGAGUAUCCUGUGGCAAAUGUUUGGGCCUUUUGGAGCGGUCACCAACGUGAAGGUCAUCCGUGACUUUAACACCAAUAAAUGCAAAGGUUUUGGAUUUGUGACUAUGACCAACUAUGAUGAGGCCGCCAUGGCGAUAGCUAGCCUCAAUGGAUACCGUCUGGGAGACAGAGUACUGCAGGUCUCCUUUAAGACAAACAAAACGCACAAAGCCUAAUGAGCUCUUGUCCUCAGUCCAUUUAUAUAUGAAAACUAUACAACAAAGGCAAGUUAAGAGAAACUUUAUACAUUAGUAAAUGUCUUUGUAAGUCAGUGUUGAGAUGGGGAUAAAACGACUACUUAGCAUCCUAAGAAAUAUGUGAGAUUUUUUAUUGCUAGUAUUUGAAUUAAAACUUCUUAAAUAUCUUUUAUGUUUGAAUAUGGACAAGAGGUACAGGGUUUUUACCUGUCACAUUGCAUUCUAUUGCCUUCUUUGAAGAAGGUGGACCUUUUAAAGUGUUUCAGCUAAGGGAAGACAUUUCUUUUCUUUUUACAUAACUGCCUUGAACCUGUGAGUAAAUAUUGAGGCUUUGUGUUGUAAUUCUUCAGUUGGUUGUGUCUUUUUUUCCCCCUUUUAUUUCUUUUCCUAAUUAGCUUUGUGUUUGGUUUACAUUUAAAGCAUUACUGUUAUGUCUAAGAAAAGUAUUUUGAAGUUUACAUUUUUAUUUAUGAAGUU